CUGCUCAAUUGAUGUUAAAUCACCUUAUGUUUCCUAAACCCUAAAUUUAUCUGCAGAACUAUGGACUGGGGAAUUUUUGUCUUAGUUUUACACUUUGUCGUCUGAUUUACUUGUGUGGAUAGUACAUAAUGGAUUAAUCAUUUAAUAUGCUGUCCACAAUGAACAACUUAUUAAAACGCUGCCGUUUUAAAUUUGGGAAAUAUCCUUAUAAAUCUAGGGUCUCCGACUUCAUCUCCUUAAUCGCUUUCUGUUGGCAAAUAUCAGUUCUUUCAGUAAGUGCUUCAAAUUAAACCCAAAUCUCCAAAAAUCUAUAUUUAAAGGAUUGUUCUGUGUUUUUUUUUCUAAAUGUCUUCUUACAUUCUUUUACCUUUGGUUACAGACAUAGUUCGUCGGAUUGGUAUUUCUGGUUUUCGUCAUCUCGGUCCAUUCAUCGCGGCUGGCCCUGAAUGGUCAGCCAUCGUAUUUUCUGCUGAAGUAUUAAAGGAGGUUUGUCUUGAUGAGUUUGUUUUUGUCGCCUCUUUAUGCAUUGAAGGCUCACCGUACCGCCCAUUUUUGCUUAGAUGUCUACAUUCUAACAACAACACUGCCAAAUACAUUGAAGGGUUACGACUAGCUGCACUUGUUGGCCCUUCUGUUCAAUCUCUUGAUAUGCUUGGUGAAGCUGCGAUUCACAACAUACAUUCCUAUUUUGCUUUUGGCAUUUUCUAUGCUUUAUGCGGAAAUCCUUGUGAAGGAAGUAUGAUACUCAAAAAGUAUUUGGAGAAGUUUUCAACUUUCCAAGAAGCUGUUAAUUGCGCUGACCAGGUGAUGGCUCAGAUAUCAGACAUGGGUCCAACAGGAAAGCAUCUUUACCGAGGGUACAGGGGCUUAAACGUUAUACCAGAUUGUGGUUUAGUCCAUUAUGGGGCUUUGGAUGUUUGCCCAUCUUGCUUUGUUCUAUUUUAUGUCUUUCAAAUCCAUGACUUGUGUUAGCUUUUGUUCCUAUGGAUAAUCCUUUGUUUCAUGAUCUAUUUUAUAUCUUAAUGUGCCUUUUA